ACUCACAUUUUUGUGUAAUUAUUUCCUCUCUACAUUUUUCAAUUCCGAUUUGUGGGAUUUCGGAUAAUUUGUAGAACCGCAGACGAAUGCUGCAGAAAACACAUCAGAAAUCGAAGAGGGUUAAAAACAGGGAGAGAGAGAGAAGAAGAGAAAUAAUAAUUAUAAUUAUUAGUUUAGGUGAUGGAAGGAUUAGAAAUAGAUGGAAUAAUCGAGAGAUUAUUGGAAGGGAGGAAGUGCAGAUCGAAGAAGAUUCAUCUUGCGGAAUCUGAGAUUCGUCAAUUAUGUAUGGUCGCCAGGGAUGUCUUCCUCACCCAACCUAACCUCUUAGAGCUCGAAGCCCCAAUUAAUGUUUGCGCAGGCGACAUUCACGGCCAGUAUCCAGACCUUCUACGGCUGUUCGAAUCCGGCGGGUUCCCGCCGGACUCUAACUACCUCUUCCUCGGCGACUACGUCGACAGAGGGAAGCAGAGCGUGGAGACAAUCUGUCUUCUCCUCUGCUACAAAAUCAAAUUUCCCGAUAACUUCUUCAUCCUCCGAGGAAACCACGAAUGCGCUUCGAUCAACCGGAUCUACGGAUUCUACGACGAGUGCAAGCGCCGCUACAGCGUUCGCCUCUGGAAGACCUUCACCGAGUGUUUUAACUGUCUCCCUGUGUCCGCCGUCAUCGAUGAUAAGAUACUUUGCAUGCACGGCGGCUUGUCGCCGGAGAUGGAGAGCUUGGACCAGAUAAGAGCCCUCGAGCGGCCCGUGGACGUGCCGGAUGCGGGGCUGCUCUGUGAUCUGCUUUGGUCCGACCCGGAAAGAGAGACUAAGGGGUGGGGUGAGAAUGAUAGAGGCGUUUCAUAUACCUUUGGCGCUGACAAGGUUGCGGAGUUCUUGAGGAAACAUGAUCUUGAUCUCAUUUGCCGCGCUCACCAGGUGGUUGAAGAUGGGUAUGAAUUCUUUGCAGACAGGCAGCUGGUGACCAUAUUCUCGGCACCAAACUACUGCGGAGAAUUCAACAACGCAGGCGCACUCAUGAAUGUGGAUGCCACCCUCCUCUGCUCUUUCCAGAUCAUCAAACCUCAUAGAGCCAAACCUGUGUUUCUAGACUAACUACAUUCUUCACACUCCACUGUUCAUCGUACCAACUUUCUUCCAACAAAUCUCAAUGUUGUGUUGUCGCUCACAGCUCUGUCUUAGCCUUGUAUAUAGCUAGCCAAGCCUGCAUGCGCAACCAAUGCUUUAUUAGAGUUGUAUACAUGCAUGCAAUCAAAGCAUAUAUGUUUUAUUUAGGUGGUUGUAGAAGCAUUUUCUUUUUAAUCUCAUCACUAUUUUGUACUUGUAUAGUAAGAUACACUUUUUGUACAAGAAAAACAAUAUUUGCGAUAAAUGUCAUACUUUUUUAUAUGAUUCGCAAA